AUGCUCAGGUAUUCACCGAAAAAUGUUGCGGCACCAAGUGACGCGUGGUCAUUCAAUGGGGAAGAAAGCCUCUACAAUUUGUUGCGCACAUUGUGGGAGACGCGUCAAGCGGAGGAUUCUAGUGAUUUAUGGGGCAAUCCCAACCAAAAGCACACACCCGACAGACGAUCUUCCACUGAAUGGAAGGACAUCCCAUUACCGUUUUAUUGCACUACGCUAGGACCACAUCUUGCUCCCCGACUAGCAAACACCUUGCGACGGCGAACUGUGCUGGGGUUCAACAAUACUCUAAAAAGAGCGGUCUUCCGCUAUUGGUGGUUGGAGUAG